AUGACAGACCUGGGGCGUCAGCCGGCGACUCGGCCUAUCAGGUGGGAGCGGGGCUCCUCCAAGCCAACCACCGCGUUGCAGAGGCGGCCGCAACAAACCCUGAAACCUCCCGCCCGCUCAACGGGAGGACCAAGGACGCAAGACGACCCCGAACGAAGGGGAGGCGGCACCAUCUCCAUAGCGACGACGCAAGGGGACGUCGCGCCUCGUCUCGACUUGCGCGAUGGCGUCACGCGGCCUUGGCGGCUCCUGCCGCAGCCGGAGGCGGGCGGUCGCGGUCGCGGCGGCGGGAAGCGGGAUGACUGGAGGCGGGAAGCGGAGGCCCCGCGCGGCCACGCAGGGGCUGGAGCAGGUACCCGUGCCACUCUUCCUUUGCGACAGGUGUCCUCUCGGACAAGUCCCACAGAGCCCUGCUGUGCCUCCUGCUUCCGACGGCCUCCUGGGUUCAGCCUCGGACGCCGUUCCACAAGAAAGAACGCGCGCUCCCGAGCAUGUGCAGAGUUGCUGCUCAGUCUGAGCUCAGCCUUUCCUUCUUGGCGGUUUGGAGGAAUAAACGUGGCGCGAGAUCUUUUUAGCAUAUUUUGUGAAAAAUCUAAAGAUGUAAAGAAAAGGCGGUCUAGUGAAGCAGACAUUCCCCAUCAUCUGUGCCAAGAAGUGGAAACUUGCUAUCGGCUCAAAAUGCCUGAAGAUUUCUAUCAUUUCUGGAAGUUUUGUGAGGAGCUAGAUCCUGACAGGCCAUGUGAUGCACUUAAGUCAAGCAUUGGACUUCAGCUAGUUGGACCAUAUGAUAUUCUUGCUGGAAAACACAAAAAGACAAACAAAUCAGGAGAUGUGAACUUCAACCUUCACUGGAGAUUUUUUUAUGAUCCUCCUGAAUUCCAGACUGUUCUUACUGGGGACAGCAAAAUGCAGUAUCAUGUGGGAUAUUUUAGAGACAUGCCAGAUGAAUUGCCAGUGUGGGUUGGAGAAAACGAAGCCAAGAAAGGCUGCAUGAUUUCUCAAGUUGGUGACAAUAUAUUUACUGCUGUAAAAUUAUUUUUGUCCAGAAAGCUUAAGGAAUUGCCAGAUAAAAAGAAAAGUGGCAUUUUGAAAGCAAUAGAUGGAAAACUAACAGAAACAACCAAAAAACUGGGUUAUUCGUUGGAGCAAAAAACAGCGAAAAUGAAACAGAGAGAUAAGAAAGUAGUGACAAAGUCUUUUCAUGGAGCUGGUCUGGUUGUUCCUGUAGAUAAGAAUGGUGUUGGGUACAGAGAGCUUCCAGAAACAAAUGCUGAUCUGAAAAGAAUUUGUAAAGCCAUUGUAGAUGCUCCUAAUGAUGACCAGAGACUGAAAGCCUUUGCCCCUAUUCAGGAAAUGCUGACUUUUGUUCAGUUUGCGAAUGAUGAAUGUGACUACGGAAUGGGAUAUGAACUGGGCAUAGAUCUCUUCUGCUAUGGGUCACAUUAUUUCCACAAGAUUAUUGGCCAAUUGCUGCCUCUUGCUUACGGUUUGCUGAAGAGGACCCUGUUUGCAGAAAUUAUUGAAGCUCAUUUAGCUGACAGAAGAGAAGAGAAUGUAGAUCAACUUGCAGUGUGAUAUAAAAUGAAAUUUGUACGGUGAAGUAUC